CAAAGCCUUGGCAGAAGUGGUUACCUUUCAAUAAAUCUCGGUCCACCAGAGCGUGACGUAAGUGAACCAACUGGGUGCAGAGACUGAGUUCACGAAGAAGCUCAUUCGCUUGAGAGCAGAUGUUGGUGCAAGUACGUCAACCUUGGCCUUCGAUUCACCCUCGGAGCUCCUCCUCUCCUCUACCCUCCUUAAAUCUUGUCCGUCAGCGCCGUAGAAAAGGAGCUACCGUAUAUUGUCUCCUUCACUGAUUAUUGCCAUUCGAGCACCCUUUCGUAAGCAGGUAAUGUCUUUCUGGGCUGUGACGACUUCUGCCAUUCGACAUUCGGUGAGUAGAGGGAGCACACACUUGGCAUGAGGAAGCGAAAUAUUUCUUGCCGUUGAGUUCUGAGGUGCAAGGUGGAAUGCCGGAGGACGUCCAGAUCCUGUACUUCUGAUGCGACUGUGACCACUUUGAGACCGGAUCAACUAAACGCCUCAGAUCGCAUGUUGAAGAAGGUGAUUAGAAAACGGGGAGCAUCUUGUUGUCAAUUGUGCUCUGCUAACCGAGAGGAUCAUCUCCGAGAAUCUUACGAAAGCCACUGUUUCUAGUAGACGAAAAUCUGUGUUUAGGAGACAAUGCAAAUGUAGGAUCGAGAAUGUGCCGUACAGAAUUUCCAUUCUACGUUCGAAGUGAAUGAAGAGACGAUUCGUGGAUCUGUUCUGAAGCCCAUUUCGGAGAGAGUGCGUUUUAUAUCUAUUCAGAGGGUUGUUUUCCACGCAAGAAAAUGACGAGCGUUUAUGACGACGAAGAGAAAGCGAAUCUGCUUGAGAGCCAAAGCAUCCCCUUGGCUGUAACUCCAAAGGAACUUCCAAUUUUAAGUUUGGUGGCCUCCUUCUCAUACGGUUUUGCUUCGUUGGCAAUGGUUUUUUUAAAUAAAGCUGUGCUUCAGCAGUACAGUCACUCGAUGACGCUUUUAACUCUUCAGCAAGCUGCAACUGCUUUUCUGAUCUACUUCGGAGGUAAACUUGGGAUGAUUUCUAUCCGAAGCAUGGACUUGAAAACAUCGAAAAGACUGCUUCCAUUGUCAUUGUUUUACAAUGCAAAUGUGGCCUUCGCUCUGGCCAGUUUGAAAGGCAUCAAUGUACCUAUGUACAUCGCUCUCAAAAGACUGACUCCCUUGACAGUUCUCUUAGCCGGCUUCUUCUAUGGGAAAGCAAGACCAUCUCCCAAGGUGACGUUUUCAGUCAUGCUGGUGGGACUAGGUGUGAUAAUUGCUGCAGCCGGUGAUUUCUCCUUUGAUCCCCUGGGGUAUGCUAUGGCUCUUACUUCUGUCCUCUUUCAGACGGCCUACCUUGUUUUGGUAGAGAAGUCCGGUGCAGAUGAUGGUCUCUCCUCAACGGAGCUCAUGCUGUUCAACUCUGUUCUGUCGCUUCCUUUUCUAGCAGUGUACAUCAUCGGCACUGGGGAGCUCUCCUUUUCUGUGCCAGAGCUUCUUGACAAGAUGGUGUCUUGGAACUUCACCCUCAUGGUGGUGUUGUCUCUGAUAAUGGGCAUAGUGCUGAACUUUACCAUGUUUCUUUGUACCAUCGUCAACUCUGCUCUGACCACGACGAUAGUUGGCGUACUUAAAGGCGUCGGCUCAACGAUUCUGGGCUUCCUGCUCCUGGGAGGAGUGGAGGUGCAUGCUCUGAAUGUGACUGGGCUUGUUAUCAACACCUUGGGCGGCAUAUCCUACUCUUUUGUGAAGUACAACGAGAAGGCCAAGAAGAAAGCAUUGCGUCUCUCUACAUUGCCUCCCAGCUCCAAGCACUUGUCCUGAAUGGAUUUGUACAACCAUAACUCUCUCAACUUCAAAGAAAUCUAACUUGCAUAAUUGUGACAUGGAUCUUAGAAGUAAUCGAUUUCUGAACCGCACAGCUACACAUAAAUUUUCACCGAACGACCACAAAAAUGAUGAAGGCUUCUUGUUUCAGUCGGUAAGUCUGAAAUAAGCCAGUUGAUAAGCCGGGUGGCAAACGAGAGCUAAAAUGUCAAGUAGGACCGAAAAGAAAAGACCAUAGCGAUAGGCGGAAACGUUACAGGACUAAGAUGCUCUUACGAAAGUUUGUUUUUCCAAUUCUCUGAGUGAUAUGGAUAAAUCCCAUCACUCUGCAGCGUCAGUUUUGAAACAGCCUCACACUAUCUUCAAGUCAAUUAUGAUGUCUGUUCAGUGGCUA